GGUGCGCGUGCGCUCAGCGCGUUUUUACCGCAGUGUCUCUGGAUUAGUGCGCGGCGCUGCGGCACUCCGCUCGGUUCUCAACGGGAAGAGCGAGAAAAAGCAACCGAACCGCGUCCGUGAGCACCAGCCGUUCCAUCGCGCUUAUUCCUAGCGGUUAUCGAAGCGGCGCGCACCGGAGACAUGGCCAAAGACGACGAGAAGAAGGAAUCCGGGGAAUGGAAGGAAUUCUUCUGGAACCCGCGGACGCACGAGCUGCUCGGGAGAACAGCGAGCAGCUGGGGUCUGAUUCUGUUGUUCUAUCUGGUCUUCUACACAUUUCUGGCUGGCAUGUUCUGUCUCACCAUGUAUGUGAUGCUGCUGACGCUGGAUGAUUAUAAGCCCACUUGGCAGGACCGUCUGGCUACACCAGGCAUGAUGAUUCGGCCAAAAAGCGAUCCUCUAGAAAUCGUUUAUAAUUUGGAGAAAACAGAGAGCUGGGAUUCAUACAUUCAGGCUUUGGACAAUUUCCUUGCACCCUAUAAUGACUCUCAGCAGGCGAUGAAGAACGACGCCUGCAUCCCGGAUCAGUACUUCAUCCAGGAGGACAGCGGCGAGGUACGCAACAAUCCCAAACGCUCCUGCCAGUUCAACCGCACCAUGCUGGGGAGCUGCUCCGGACUCGAGGACCGCACAUAUGGAUACCAGGAGGGAAAACCCUGCGUGCUCAUCAAACUCAACCGGGUGAUUGGGCUGCAGCCAAGUAAAGAUGAAAAGUCUCCAUACGUCUCCUGUUCAGUAGAAAAGGGUCAGAAGACAGCCCAGACGAACGAAACCUCUGCUGCAGUUGAAUACUUUCCUCCAAACGGAACCUUCAACCUAUAUUUUUUUUACAUUGUGAAUUAUUCUCAGCCCCUGGUGGCUGUGAAGUUCACAGACCUCUCUUUCAACACGGACUUCAACGUGGAGUGUAGGAUCAAAUCUAGCUCUCUUUUCAAGAUCAGCGAAAGAGACAAGUUCGCCGGCCGCGUAAAUUUCAAGCUGCGCAUCAACAAAGUGUAG